AUGGCGGAGAAACGCCACAUUGGUGAAGGUUUUGAGUUGAAAGAGGGAAAAUACAUGGAAGAAGACGUUGUCAAUGGAAAAGUCAAAGUCAACGAGAGAGAGAGAAAUGCAGGCGGGGCCACCGGAACAAGUUUACUAUUGCUUCAUUUGUUCCAGCAAUCCAACUGUUAUGCCUAUUUUGCGGAGCUGGAAACCAGGGAGAUGGAUAUUGAAAAAGAAAAAAAAGGAAAACAAAUGUCAAUUGAGAGAAGAAUUGUAUCAUUACAAGAAGCAAUUGAAGAAUUAAAAAGAGGACAAGAAGAUAUUAAGAAGGACAUCAUUGAAAAGCACAAGGAGAUUCUUGAUAUAUUGGGCUACAUAAAAAAAGCUGACGUUGACACUGCUAAGGACAAGAAGGCUCAAGAUGAUCAAGAGAAUGACCAACAAGAACAAUUGCAAGAUGAUCCUGAAGAUGAAGAGGAAGAUCAAGAAGAAAAAGAUAAAGAAGAUAUGACGAAAAUGAAUGUCAUUGAAAAGACUCUUAAAAAGAGUCCAAAAAAAUAUAGACCAAAAGUUGUCAUCGAAAAUAUGGAUGACAACAAGAGACCAAAAAGACAAACAAAACCAACUAAGAAAAUUUUGGAGAACGCAAAGAAGCAAAAGAAAGACAAAAAGAAGGUCUCUCCAAAUGUGUCUACCAAGGUGUCUUCAAGCAAAGCUACAAGGCAUUCUCCAAGGUGGAAUGACGACACUCCAAGCUUUGAUCUCAAAAUAUCACAACUUUGA